CAGAAAUCUGGCUUGUAUAUCAGGAAGACGUCCACAUUCUUUCGCAUGCCUUGUUCUUUAUUUGCCGCCUGCUUAGACUGGGAGGAUGGAGUGAGGCAUUAAAGUGUAUAGGGAAGGCUCGAGAGCGGAUCAUUUCAACAGAAGAAACAGGACUCAUUUUUAUUUUUAAACACUUGUCUUCAUAUAAGGAAGCCACUUGCAUGCCUGCUGGGGAGGUUCCUGUUCAUUUCGCGGUUAGUGAGUGAUUUGAUGGUCCUUCUGUUCAUUGCAAGGUUAAUCUCGGGAACAAGAAGGACAGAGUGUAAAAAAAUGGAGAUGAAGAAGAAAGCCGAGAUUUCUCCCAUCUGCUUGCUGCUCCUGACGUUGCUCCAGAUCACCACACCUUCCCUAGCUCAAAACGCCACCACGACCAUCUUCCCUGUCACCACCACCACCACCACCACCAUCACUUCAGCAGCCGACCCCGCAGCUCUCGGUUACAGCACGCGGCCAGCUGACGUCACAGUGGCGUUGGGGGAACCUGCGGUGUUCAGCUGCGGCGUGCCCGACGCUUCUCCCGGUCUCUCGUUCACCUUCUACGGUAGUCACGGCAGCUACACCCUCACCUGCCCCGGUGGCCACCUGGAAGAUGUCCCCCAGGCUCUCUACGGAGGUUGUGACAUGAAGAACGGCGAGUCCCUGGCGGUGUGGACCCUCAGAGGAGCCUCAGUCUCUGACAACGGCACACGAGUCGUAUGUCAACAGUCAAACACUCCUGAUACACUGGUCGCUGUCCUACAUGUUUAUGACAACGGCGCGAGCUACGCCGUUCUCAUCGGCUGCGCCAUCGGAGCCUUCUUUGGUAUCCUGCUGGUGUGCGCUCUCUCUUACACUAUGCUGUGGAGACCUGAGAGGUGCCGCAAGUGCUUGGGGGCAGGAGAAACAGAAGAUGACAUGGUCACAAUAGUGGCGAAGAACUCAAAGGAGACAGAAAACUGAGGAAGAGGCGAUGAAGGUGUCGCGAGGUGGGGUUCCCUUCACCUUUUAACCAACGGAGGACACAGCAGGAAUGAUCUGUUUCUGUUUUUAAAUCCUCGGGGCCAGCUCCAGUGGGACCCCCGAUUAAUUUCCUGGUUUUACCCUCAAUAAUUGAGGUGAGCACUUCAAACAAUAGACCGGUGUUGGGAGCUAUAGUGUGGGUAAAGCAGUAUGUGAAGUUUUUAAAAAAAGCCAGGGUUUGACGAACAGUCUGUAUGAAUGUUUGGCCUUAAUGCUUAAUAUUUUUUUGCCCACGUGAGCGUUGCUUGCUGCAUCCUAAACUACAGAAAAAACUGCAAGCAGGGAGGUUAUGAAAGUGCCGGGUAGGGGCCAUUACAAAAACAAAAACGUCUGCAGACCGUCCGCAAAUGAGGAACGGGAGAGUAGCAGCUUUUUGUGUUAGCACACACGACCGACCGCUCUAAACCAACAAACCCAUAGAGGUAAGGAAUUCACAGACUUCCUGUUGUGCUUGUCCCACCAGGUUAGUCCGCUGCACUUGCACAGUCUGUCCACUUGAGGGAAGCACUCACUGUAGAGAUAACAGUACCAGUCAAUUUCUUUAAAACAAACACAAAAGUACAUGUUGCCCUUUUUGUCUUUUGAGUAUUUUCAUGUAUUUGCAUUCUGCACUAAACUGUCCUAAGUCAUCAUCUUAACAUGAAUGCAAUAUAGUUAUUAAUACCACAGUUACUAAAUGUACAAUCAGGGAUGUGUUUGUUUGUCUGUUGUUGCUGCUGCUUGUUAUUGGCGCACCCUGCUCUGCCUUUUGAUUUCUUUACAUGUUUUCAUGAUUACAUUAUUGGAAUACGCUCAUGUUCAUAGUUUGUUCUCUUUUUCUUGUUGAUCAUGGACCCUGCACAUGAGAUGUACUUGCGAAUCAGAGCUCGCUGUUACUACGUGGCCCAUGACCAUGAUAAAAUUGUAUGAUGUCCCAAAAAAAAUUAUUAAUUACUAAAUAAACAGAUUGCACUGAU